GCGGUCUGUUUCCGGUCACCGGUACAUAGCACCGGUCGUCAUAUUAUCUUCCGUGAGCGUAUACGUGUAUUUGUAUGUAUAUGUGUGCGUGUGUUUGAUAGAGAGAACUCGGUUUUGGACACACCACACGGCCACCGGCAUUUAUAUCAAUCACCGACAUUCAUGGCGUCCACAAAUAUACCUCCCGAAAUUCCACCGCGAAGACAUAGCUCAACCGUUUCUCCAAACAAGAUUAUUAAUCAAAAUUCUGCCACAGAGCCGAAAUCUCCUUCCUUUCUACCACGGAGACAUUCAUCUUGUAUUGACGAUAACAUGGAUAGUGAAACUGAAACUGCAUCGUACCCGGCCACUCCAUCGACAACGUUGCCUUCGAUUCCGGCAAGACGAAACCCUGGACCACCAGUGAUAAGUCCUCGACCAGCCCAAUACAAGUUGCCACCACCACCGCGYGCGACCAAUGGUUGUGCGGGUGAUCCACCAACCGACAGGCAAACUAUCAGAGGGUUCAUCGAUGACCAUUCCAAAGAUAUGGUCCAACAACAACCACAACAACCACAGCAACCGCAGCAACCACCACAACCACCACAACUGCGUGCCAGAAGAUUCAAAGUACCACCACCCAUCAAAUGCAUUUCCGAGCCGCUGGACGGUGGUAGUCGAGAGAGUUACGAGAUGAUGACGCCCGCCAUGACUAUGUCUCCCAAUCGACAGGACAGCGGUCAUUGGAGUGACUCCUACAGCGUCAACUCGUCACCCGGCUACUCAACUAAGAGCAUGGAAACACCGCUGCUGUCUUCGCACGCCAAAAUGAUACCGUCCCGGUCAAACAAGAAACGUUUCAUACUCGACCGGUACGUAGUGUGCGAUCAGUGGAACGGUCGAGCCAGGUUUUCACCAGCCAACAGCGGCCCGAUCAGCUCCAGCAGUACAGCCGAGCUAACCAAGAGCCAUUCGACGCCAGCCAGUCUGCAAGCAGUUGUCGAAUUCAACGAAAACUCACCCAACUCACUGCAACAUAGGGUGUUGGGAACCGAAGCAAUUGACGUCACUGAAGUAUUUAUUCGACUGCAAAGGCGCCAAGUAGUGUACAAUGUCGCCAUACUGAUAUUCAUUACAUUUCUUUUGAUAUUUUUUGUACGAGUGGGUUUACCAAGUCCAAGUGGUCAAGUGUCAAGCAAAACGGCGUCAACGAUCGUGCGGAACUCAAACGCCGUCGACUACGCAAACGGUAGCGGUUCGCCAUUCAAGACCAUUUCCGUCGACGCUGACCUUUCGUCGAUGCAUGCCGCCCCCACUGAUCCGUCGUCAAACACGACGUCCACGACUCCGAAAAAAAAUAACAUUCCGAUCGUUCUUCCGAAUCCACCGACAGUUGAAGAUAUGUACGACGUCGCCAUUUUCAAUCCUAAUAUGUAUCCCAUCGUCGACUAUCCCAAAAGCACUUGCCUACCGUCUUUUUGUCAAAACGUCACGUCCACUUUACCACAGUACCUGUACACUAUACCUUACAAGCCAGAAUACGAUCCCAGAGAGCUGAUAGCGCUGGAGUCUGUGGUAAACGUCCGUUGCUAUGAGCUGACGGCACUUUACUUUUGUGCACUUCUCGCGUCCAGAGGCUGUGGAAACCGCAAAUUGAAGCCUUGUCAAUCGCUUUGUAAAGAAACUAUUCGGAGUUGCGGUUUCUUCUUCGACAUAUUCGAAGCGUACCACGAACACAGGGAAUGCACGCAGUUCCCGAACGACAACAACAACCCAAACACGUUUUGCAUCGGACACCGGGAAGUACUCAACGUCAGAAAAAUGAAACUUAGAGGACUUUGCCACGAAGGGUUUAAGUGUGAUAAAAAGAGAUGUAUYCCAUUGGAUUGGAAAUGUGAUGGACAUUUCGAUUGUGAAGAUCACACUGAUGAAUUGAAGUGUUCACAAUGCCCAGAUCGUCUUUAUAUAGAUCUCAGUUUGUAA